UGAUUUCUCACCUUGGGCCAAGGAGAGCCCAGUUCAUCUCCAAGAGUCGAAGUAGCCGAAACCCUAGCAAGCUCAAGAACACAGUUCUAGCAACUAGCAAGUACGCUCCGAGGCAAAAAUCCAUAACAUACAAAAUUCUGAAUCAAUGGCCAAUUCGCUGAUGAAUCGAACCCUCAACUCACUCAGAAAAAACCCCAAGUUUCUCACAGCAGUUUCGUCACAACCCUACACGCGUCUUUUCAGCUCGUCCAUCGCCACCGCCCAUGACUCCCCAUCCGACGACGCUUCUUCAUCCUUCUCAUUUUCAUUUGACGUCCCAGAAGACGGUGAUAAUAAAUGCAACAACAUCAAAAGAGACAGAGAUGACAGCAUUUACGUCAAGGCGUCGAGCUCGAAGGCUGAAAUGGCGUCGACUGUGACAAUGCCGAUGUCGUUCAUGACGGGGUCCAUAGUGGGUAGGAAGUUCUACAACGACGUGAAGAUAAGAGAGGCCGAUGAUGGGAUUGGGUGGACGGUGAUGCUUGAUUAUCGGACUCUUAAGGCGCCCUCCAAGAGGCCCCUCAAGCUCCCUACUCUGCCUCUUGCUAAGGCCAUUGCUGCUGAGUGGCAAUAUCAGCAAACAGAUGGGAUCAGACCCUUCACAAUGCCUCUAAUGAAACUUGCUUGUACUGCACUGGAUAGAGUUCCUCUUACGCGAGCAAAGAUUAUUGAGAAUUUGAUGAAGAAAUUUAAUCAAGAUUUGGUCUUUUGUCGAGCUCCAGAAGAUAACGAUCUGACACGUGGCGUCUAUGAAUGUCAAGUGCAGAAAAUUGAUCCUUUACUUGAUUGGGUAGAGUCCGAAUUUGGCUUUAAGCCUGUCGUCUACUCCAGCUUUUUUGGCGGAAAGCAGGAAGAUGGUCUCAUAAAGGCCAUAGAUAACCUUUUAAAGAAAACAGAUGACUGUGAAUUGGCAGCAAUUGAUGCUAUCGCAUCUGCAGCACAUUCUUUGAUUAUUGCAGUGGGGAUCUCUAAUGGGAAGUUGCAGAUAGAGGAGGCAAUUGAAUUGAUUAGACUUGAAGAAGAUUUGCAGGUGGACAGGUGGGGUCUUGUUGAAGGCGGACAUGAUGUGGAUAUUGCUGAUCUUCGGGUACAAAUCUCAUCGGCUGCUGUAUUCCUUGGUCUUUCUCGCAGGACAUAACCCUUGUACAGUUUUUUCUAUAUUCUUCAAUUGCUGUUUUAAGCUAGCUUUUAAGAUAUGGCUGGUUUGGAUUAUAAGAUGAAAUGAAAUAGUCUUGGAAGAAAUAUAAAAGUUGAAGAAAAUAUUGUUAA